AUGGAUAUGCCAGAUUUUGAAUGGCAGACUCACCUGACGCACCUCUCAGCGAGUCACUCCGAAUCAGGCCAACUUCAAGUCGAGCAGUCGCAGCCUGGACUCAGUUUUCCAGCAGGUGGAUACGUUCACAAUCUCGAGUUGGGGUACGACAUUCAGGCCGAGAAUGCCUCAAAUGUUUUAGGACACACUUCGGAUGACCUACACGCCGCCUUUGAUCACGGUGAUGUUCACGCAGGACCCAGUGCAGGUCAUCACAAUUACGACAGCUACCCGAACACCCAAGGCAACAUCGACUUUGGAUUGGAGCAGCCAGUCCAGCAGUAUGAUCCCGGUUCCCAAUUCUCUGUCACAGCAUAUGCUCUGAGUCAAGUCGGCGGCCAUCUCGAGCUGCCAAUACACGAUAGUAGCACCAACCUGAACGUUCAACACGGUAACUACUCGGUGCCCUCAGGUAGCAGCCAGCAGGGCGUGCAAAUGGCACUGCCACAUUCUUUCCCAGGGCAUGAUGGGGGCGGCCAUUACUACGGCGGUCACAACUACAAUUUCACUGUAUCACACGGCACGAACGAUCCUCCUCCCCUUCCUGAUACCUACCAUUCCGUCCACAGCUCAAACAACUCUCAGCCCGCCAUGUCUAAUGAUGUCUACUACUUUAUGAGAUCCGACGACUCAAACAUUCAGGCCCCCCUUGACCCCAUACCUGAAGUGACGAAAAAGUUGAUCCGGGUUCCUCGGUUCCAAAUACGUCACCCAGGAGUUAUCCCUGUCCAUGGAACAGGCAUCCUCGUCGUUCGUCUUUUUAACACCGAUGUUACUCCAGGAUUUCAAAGGGGACGCUCGGACCGACAUGUUCAGAACUUAUUCAAAGACAAUCUCUUUCCGUCCGCAUCUGAACUCUCGACCAUUGCCAACAACACGUUAGAUGCGACGAUUGCUCGGUAUACCAGCAAUAACGCCAAUCACGGGCAUGAACUCAUCCGUUGGAAAUCAGGGCUGGACGCUAAGAACCUUCUCGCAAGGCUCAAAGGAAUCCUGAAGGAGAUACACGGCGACUUCGAGGAGAUCGCCACAUGGGUCGCAAAUAUUACAGCCCUGCUAUCAAACUUUCUGUUUGCGGAUAAAAUUGUUGAGGUGACCAUGGACGACGGGCAAGUCAGGUUGUGUCGAACUCCAUGUGGCCACAAGGCCAUCUUUGACCUGUUAGAACACAUCAUAUCCUGCAAGCAAUACUCUCGCUAUAUUCCCCUCAGUACAAAGUCUUGGCAACCCCUCCUUACCAACGCCCUCGCCCUUGCAGUAACCUCGCGUGCUUGGUCAUUGCAAAAAGCCUUAGUGGGUCCUUGGUCUGCAGCUUUGGACUUUCGCGGCGAGGAGAACAAGGUCUAUUACACAUCCACGAAGUCUCGUCUACGCAUGUUGCCCGAGGAUGAAUGCUUGAGAUUUGACGCAUUGUUAAUUAGCAUGCAUUGUGCACUACGGUAA